AUGACGCUGUGGAGCAGCAUAAAGCCAUUCUGGCCUCUCCUGUUCACAUUCGUCCUCCCACGCGCCGUCAACUACUACGCCGCCCUCAAGACCGCCUACCGCACCAGACCGCCGCCUCGUCCCCUGCCGAAGCGGACCAGCCGUGGGCUGAAUGCGCUGUUCGUGUCGAUAUGCGUCUUUCUGUACGCGUCGUGGCCGCUAAGAGGCGACAUCGCCGACCACAAUGUCUUUGUGGCCACGCAGUCGCGGCUGUCGGUGCCGACGGACGUGCUGUUUGAGCGGCUGGCCAUGUUGCGCGAGAACGGGGCGCUCUCGGCCGCGGACGAGGCGUUGAGGGCAAAGUUGACUUCACCGGCAUUGCCACGGCGAAUAAGAAUGACGGACGGAUUGAUGGUGUAUGAUAUGAAUUCUAACGACAACGUCUGUGACAGCCUUCGCCAACUCUACCUCCGCUUCGGGCCGUCGACCCUGCGAGACUGCCUGUUCUGCCACCCCGACGACCAAAUCUCGUACCUGCUGUACCACCUCCCGACCAACACGGUGCUCCCGCACCUCUUCCACGUUCUGUGCCUGGGCCUCGCGACCUCGGAGACCGUGGGCGGGUACGAAGCGUCGACGUGGCGCCGCGCCGCCGUCUUUGGCGCGCUUGUCCUCGCGGGCGCGGACGUUUUUUUGACCGCGACAUACGCGCCGCCCGUGGCGAUCAGCACGGUCGCCCCCGCGGGGACGUUCUGGCUCGGCACCACGGCGCGAUACCUCGGCCUAUGCGCAUUUGACAUCGCGCUGGCGCUGUGCAUCUACGCGUCGGCGACGGGGCGGUUCUACCUCUUCCCCUCCACAUCAGCAGGGGGCCCUGGUUCAGCGGACGCGGAACUCGCGCGCCGCCGCACCGACGAGCUCCUCACGCAAGCCAACCUGGCGCUGCAGAUGGCCGCGACGAAUCUGCGCGCGUACUCGAUCGCACGUAACGCUGUGGUGCGCAACCCGGCCCUCAAGGACCGCGACGACGCGUACUGGCGCGCCGUGGUUGCCGUUGAGCGCGAGCGUGAGGGCGAAGGUACGGGUGUCGGUGGUGACGACGUCGACAACGACACUCUCUACGAGGACGAGGAGGUUCAGGCCGCGGUGGCGCGCGCGUACGGUACCGGCGCGAUCAAUAUCGCCAGUGUGAGAAGGGAGGCCGAAGCGUUUGUCCGCCACGCGACGAGGGGGUUGGAUGGAUGA